UAAUGUCGAUAAUGUCGAUUUACGAACCUAACGCUCCCUCUGUUGAUCUUUCAUCGAUAAUUGGUUCUGGCUCCCGCCGUAGGGUGGUUCUAUUCAUGUAUUCUACAGUAGAUUACCUCUGACGCAAUAAACAUGCGGUCGUGUUUGAAAGAACCAAAUAAUUUUGAAUCUUCUAGUGAUAGUCAGUGCAGCGUCUCGUCGUCCUCUUUGGAUGAUAGCAGUAUCAGUGACUGUCAAGAAUCGUCGAGCAAUAAUGCCGAGAAAAGUGUAUUCGGACAGUUUCAAGACACUCGAAACUGGAUCGAGUGCGAAUCCAAGAGCAUUCCGGGGAGGAUAUAUUUCUUUAAUUUAAGGACACUUUGCAGUACGUGGGUUAGACCAGUAUCGAAAAACGUCCAGCUCCAGCGUUUUUAUUCGCAAUCUAGAGUAUAUGACAACGUGAUGCCUGACGUAGGCGACCCACCGAUGUGUACGUUAUCAGAAAAUGAAGGAGGUUACAGUCGUAGAGGGGAUUCAUUACCUCGAAUUUACAAAAAGCACCGAAAAAGCGCCGACAAAGAAAUUUUUGCAUACCUGCAUUACGGUGUCAAUAUAGAAAAUCCUUUCGACAGUAAAACCGCUUAUUUUAAACGUUACUACGAACAAACUUCUUCUGGAUCUUCGAAAUCGACCUUUUUCGAUGUCGAUCAACAUUUUUUAACGCCUAACAAAGAUUUCGAUAAAAUCAGAAUCUUCAAGAACGACAUACGCGAAGCGUUGGAACCAUCGAUCCAAACAGCAGAUUUUCUCCAAGUCGAGAUUUCCUCGUCGGAAAAUGACCAGGAAAUUACAACGUUUAACGAAUCAAUGGGGAACGAGGACGAAAAUUCUUCUGAAACUUCAGACGCGGACGAGGGUGCUGGAAAUUACGUUGCACCUCGUUUGCAAAGAAUCGAAUCCAAACAUUUGUUACAGACAAAAAUUCGAAGGAAAAGAACGAGCAAAUGUUUGACGGAAAAUAAGCCAACUGUAAGUAAGAGACCAAAGAGACAGAUCCAAACUAUAAGAAAAUCGAUGUCGAAUAAAAUUAUUUGCGAGAUGUACGGUACGAAAACAAUCAAUUACGAUCUCGUUGAGACACUUCCACCUAAUGUCAUAAGGUCAAAUCUUAGCGAUAGCAGCGCGGCUUCGUCGUCGUGGCAGAAAGACUUGGACAAACCUACCGUUUUAAAAAAUAUCGAAUUUAACGAUAUGAAUUUCAACGCUAAAAAUCUGUCGAGCACCUCGAGCUCUUCGAGUUCGAGUUCGUCGAGUUCAUGUUCCACUUGCUCCUCAAUGUCAUCCGAUACUAGAGAGGCCUCUGUUUAGCUCUGACGUCACCGAUACAUCCAGAGGAUAAUGUAAACAAACCGAAUGUUUUGUACCUCUCGUAUUACUGAAACCAAACCAAAGAAUCAUCGAGGAACUAUUUACGUUUUCAUUUACGUUUUCAUUAUAGAAAUGUUCUUAAGUAACUGACGCGACUUCAUUGUUGUUUUCUUUUAUUACUAUGGCGGAUAUAAGAUACCUUCGUUCAUUUGUAAAGUGGUAGGCAUGUUGAUAUCGAUAAAUUUUAUUUAUUUUUUUUUUUUACUACUAUGACGAAUACAAGAUACCUUCGUUCA